CUCCCCAGACCCCUCCCCUCCCUCCCGGCGCACCUUCUGGCCCAGCUUUCUCGGUUGCACGUGUAGUUGUUUUGGCUCAAUCUCACGUGGCCGCGGAAGUGCCGGCGCUACAAGUCCGCCCCCAAGAUGGCGGCACCCAAUGAAUGGGGUCGCGAUCCGCUUCUGCUCAGUCUCCAAGUAUAGCCUUUGCGGUGUCUGCAGGACCAUGGAGCGGCCUGGGUUCAUGGCUUCGCUGGUGGCUGGUGGGAUAGCAGGUGUCUCUGUUGACUUGAUAUUAUACCCUCUGGAUACCAUUAAAACCAGGCUGCAGAGUCCACAAGGAUUUAAUAAGGCUGGUGGUUUUCGUGGAAUAUAUGCUGGCGUUCCCUCUGCUGCUAUUGGAUCUUUUCCUAAUGCUGCUGCUUUUUUUAUCACCUAUGAAUAUGUGAAAUGGUUUUUACAUACUGAUUCAUCUUCAUAUUUGAUGCCCGUGAAGCAUAUGUUGGCUGCCUCUGCUGGAGAAGUGGUUGCCUGUCUGAUUCGUGUUCCUUCGGAAGUGGUUAAGCAGAGGGCACAGGUGUCUUCCUCUUCAAGAACAUUUCAGAUUUUCUCUAACAUCUUAUAUCAAGAGGGCAUCCGAGGAUUGUAUCGAGGCUACACAAGCACAGUUUUAAGAGAGAUUCCUUUCUCAUUGGUCCAGUUUCCCUUGUGGGAGUCCUUAAAAGCCCUCUGGUCCUGGAGGCAGGAUCACGUGGUGGAUUGUUGGCAGUCAGCAGUCUGUGGAGCUUUUGCAGGUGGAUUUGCAGCUGUGGUCACCACGCCUCUGGAUGUGGCAAAAACAAGGAUCAUGUUGGCAAAGGUUGGUUCCAGCACCGCUAGUGGGAAUGUGCUCUCUGCCCUGCACGGGGUCUGGCGGACACAGGGGCUGGCGGGAUUAUUUGCAGGUGUCUUCCCUCGAACGGCAGCCAUCAGUCUGGGAGGCUUCAUCUUUCUUGGUGCUUAUGACCAAACCCGCAGCUUGUUAUUGGAACUUGGCAGAGGGAGCCCCUGAAUCCAGGACGGCCCCACAUGCACCUCUGUCCAGAAAGGGGGCUGCUGUGCGCACGGGCUCCCUUCCGGCAAGCAGCUGCUCGCCCAUCUGAACUGCCCGCACCACGCCCCUGUGUGUGAGGAUAGGACCUUGAGGAUGUCUUGCCUGCUCCAGGCUGGCUGGAACGCCGACUGCCUGCCAGAGCGCCAAGAGGACCGUGUCCACAGCGGUACUUGCGACCAUUUUCUCAGAACCCGUUAAUAAAUAAGUUUGGUGAUGCCGAGUCCAGGCUGCUCAGAGCCGUCAUUUGAUCUGUAUCUGAUCUUGCGUUUCCUGCCACCUGCCAGUGGACGCAGCGGAAGGCAGAGAGGGUUCUCCUUCCGAAAGGAUGGCUAGACUGGGAACAGGAAGGAGACUCACGAGAAGUGCACGUGGGUGGGUUUCUCUCUGUUGUGAGAGCUUAGAGCUUUGUUUAAAAAGCAUGAACUGCAGGUGCAUAGCCGGCAUUCUAUUAGGCAACUGGGCUGCUGCUCUUAAUUACCCUCAGAUUUCCCCCGAAAACACACAGUUGUAUUAUUUUACAGAGAAGGAUCCACCGGCCAGCGUGGUGUGUGUGAAAGCAAGCCGGUAGUUGCAGCUCCAGGGACGAGGUGGGCCCGGUGCAUCCGAGGAGGGUGCUGAGCCCCACCCCUGCUCCUCGUGAGACCCCCCC